UGCUCCCAACCGUGUGUUUACAUGAGUGUUGUGAGGAGUGUCAUGAGGGUGUGGCCACUCACUCAUGAGGACCCCUCACCGACCCCUCACUGGUGACCAGCGUGGGUCAUGGAGUAGCUCAUGCACCAGGCUGUACCAUGUCUCAAGAUCAUUUAUAGAGGCUCCUAAGACAAUUAGAGGCUCUUGAGACCAUUUUUUUGAGGCUCUUUGAAAUAAUUAGAGUCCCCGGGACCAGGCUCUUGAGACAAUUAAGAAGACAUUUUUUAUCAUUGAAGGUGUUCAAUACAUACCAGAAUUACAGCACGUGAGGGUCAUACAUGCAGAAAUAGGUACUAUACAUGGUAUUCAUUCACUGGUAAGACAAAAGGAUUUUUAAAUCAUGGCGAUUGGAUGCAAGGUCACGGUUGAACCUGUACUGUUCCUGUACAUGUUGGCAGUUUUCAUGCUGCACCCUGCUUUACAAGAUCUUAUAUACACAAAGGUUUGUCUUCAAGACUACAAUCAGGGGAUAUGUGAUAACUUGUAUGCCCCAGAGAACCAUGCAGCUCUUAACACUGUUCAGACUGGUUCUUCCCAUUGGGUUCAAGGUUCUGUCUUCAUGCUUGCGGUUCCUUCCAUUGUAACAGCUCAGUUCCUUGGCUCGUGGAGUGACACAUAUGGGCGUAAAAUACCCAUGCUCUUGCCUCCAGUAGGUGCAAUGUUUGCCAGCUUGCUGUACAUUAUAAUGAGUGUUCAUCUUAAUGAGAUUCCUGUGUCUGUCAUCCUACUGGCAUCAUUCAUCAGUGGCAUAUGUGGAGGCUUCACCUCCUGCAUCAUGACAUGUAUGAGCUAUGUUGCACAGGUUAGCAGUUUCCAUGCAAGAACAGUACGCGUGGGGAUACUGGAGAGUAUGAUUUUUGUGGGUGGAACAAUUGGGCCGCUGUUGGGAGGAUGGGUCCAGAAAGUUGGUGGAAGGUCCUCCACUUUCACUUUUAUCAUGACAUGCCAUGCAGCAGUUGUCAUCUAUAUUGUCACAUUUGUUCGCAAUAUUCCCCCAAGGCAUCCCCCGCAAAAUUCAUGGAUUCGUAGUGGCUGUACUUUCCAACACCUGAGAGAAUGUGCGGGAACAGUGGUGAAGGAGAGGCAAGAAAAACGUCGCACAUACCUGCUGUGGUUGCUUACUGCUGCCACAAUUAUUAUGAUUUGUACUGCUGGUGAAAUGGACAUAUCUUACUUGUAUGUUAAGGAUACCCCAAUUCAAUGGCCUUUUGAAAAGUACACGUGGUACUUUUCACUGAAGUAUGGUCUUGGGGCCUUGGCACUGAUAGGUAUUCUUCCAUUUUGCUCCAAAGUACCAGACAUGAUCCUAGCUCUGAUUGGCCUGACAAGCAAGCUAGUGGGGCUGGUGCUUUUAGGAAUUGCUUGGGAGGAUACUUCAGUCUUUGUCAGUGCUGCUUUAGCUAUGUUAAGCACCUGGCCCCUUCCAACUCUCAGAUCUGCUAUGUCGAAGUUAGUGGAACCUAAUGAGCAAGGCAAACUGUUUGCAUGUGUUGCACUGCUGGAAAAUGCAUGCACACUAGUUGCUUCAGGAGUGUUCAACAGUGUGUAUCCCGCAACACGACUUAUGUUCCGAGGGUUUACAUUCAUAAUGGCAGCUGGCUUUCUCAUUCUCCCUAUCAUUAUCCUAAGUGUCUUGCAAAAAGCGUUAAAACAAUUCAGCAAGUAUGACUCGGUUGAACUGGCCGAAGAGGCUCGAGAAGAGUUUGAAGAAUUGGACUGUGAGAGGGAGCCAUCACCUACAGUUCAAGAGGAGGUAGCUCAAUCCCAAGAGGAAAGUGGGUUAGUAACUGAAGGUAAUACAGAAAACAGUCAGAUUGUCAGAGCUGUAGAUGAUGUAUAGUUGAAAUCUGGUUCUUGUGCACACACACUUUCUUAGUAUUUGUAGUGUAUGAAUUAGUUUUGGUAAAAGGGACUCUAGUAACAACUUUCCUAUAAUUUAUUUAAGUAAAUAAAUACCUCUUUACUGAAGUAUUCACUUAUAGUAAUUGUAUUUUAAGCACUGCAUGAUGUGUUCAAUCUGUAUCUGUUAUUAUAGCAUUUGGUAUUAGAAACAUCAUUAGCAUGUUAUAGGUCAGAUAAUAUCAUUUUGAUAAAAUAACUAUUGUACAUUACAGUAAUGUAGUUAAGUUUGUAUAAUAGAACAGGGGAAAACAAUUAUUUAAUAUAAGGGUUAUGGAAUGGAUGAAUUAUGGCAUAUACAGAAAAUUUAAGUGGACUAAUACUAAUGCGAGAUACAAAUACCAAUAGCUACAUGCUUUCCGGAUGCUUCGGGACCCAGACUGGAUGAGUAUUGUGUUGUCCGGAAAAGUGGUUUGUCAUCCUGAAUAUUUAAUGGAAAAUCUUAUUUUUCUUUAUAAUUUGCCAGCAUGAGAAGUUCUGAUAUUCUUCACCACUUGCAAAGGUGAAGAAUAUUGUUGAAGCUCCUGAGCCAUCCACCAGUACACAAACACUGCUCUGGAAUUUUCAGUGACGUGAAAUUACCUGGCUUUAUCCACCAGCAGCCAGCCUUCUACUGGCUUUUUCAUAUCUUCAUGCUUCUGCCUGUACCGCUUUCACACUGUAUGCAAACAUAUGAGUCACAAUAACGUAGCUGAAGAGACGAUAUCCAACCCACACAUCUGAAAAUGUCAACAUUUCGGUCCAUCCUGGACCAUUAUCAAAUCGUGUAACACUACCUUAGCUAUUCACUGCCUUUCUAUUACCUAUUGCUUUAUCACUUUCCCUCCAAGAAAAGUCAAAGAUAGUAUCUUUAGUCUUAAUAAUGUGUGAAAGCAUCGUCCUGUUUGCACACAUCACUUUUCAAAAUGCCACUCUCCACCACCUUUACUCAUUUUACUUUCUUCUGCUUGUAGAAACCAUCACUGAUAAAUUACCUGCAUUUGUAGUAGACAUGGUGGAUGAUCAUAUUUUGCUGACAUGUCUAAGAAAAUCAUUGGAAUGAAUGCUUCAGUGUUGCACCACAAAGCAAAAAUGCUGUGAUGCCUUGCUGCCACUCAUUCUCUCCACUUUAUAACAUUUUUAUUCAGACCGCAAGCCUAAUAACUUUUUUGGUAAUUAUUCGGCCCAUCAUGGAAACGAGAAACUGACAUACCUGAAUAAGUUGUGUCUGGUAAGCACUUGGCUAUAUGUAUUUACUGUUUUUUAGACAAAUUACAAUUUAGAAUUUGGGUACAACAUGACAGAAUAUAUAUAAGGCUAUUUUGAAAUGAUAAGAUUCUUUUAAAUACUGUAUAUAUAAUUAUCGGUGAUUUGCCGAAACCAUUGUGUCAUCAGCUCUUCACCGUUAUAAUUACAUGACAAGUUCCAUGCUGAAGCCACGUGUAUUUAAUGUACUCAUCUCAACAAAAAGUUACUUUUGCAAUAAUGAUUUUGUUAACAUUUAUAAUAUAUUUUACAAUAUUUACCAUUCAAUGAUCAACACCCCCACAGCCCAGGCUCUGACCAGGCUUCCUAGUCUAGGGUUAAUUCCAAAUUUGUUUACCAUCUGCUAUGUGCGAAUACUCUGUUAACAAGCAACUUAAUGUGAAAAUUAACUUGUCGAGAGAUUGUAGGGACACUCGUCCUCAGAAGCACCUCCAAGUGUCCUUGCCAGCAAUGUACUGUAUAACAUUAGUUUUGUUUAAAACUAGGAAGAAAACAAGAAGACUCAUAAUUUAUUUGUAUACUUUUUUUAAAAUUAGGAUUUAGAUUAAAAGAUUUACUACUACUUUUGAGAGGUCUUUAUGAAGAUCAUUUUCUAAAAAAGAUUUGUGUUAUGUUGUUGACUAUAACCAUGUAACAUGUAGCAAAAUAUUUGUUCCAAAAAAUAUUGGAAUGCUUUAAUAUACACACCAGAAUGCAGUUCCUGGAGCCUGCCAUAAAUUAAGAAUUUGAAGUCAUGCUAUUCAACAUUCUUUUUCAUAGUGUCAGGUUUGUUCUAUUCACACUUUGAUAUGUAUAUGUUGAAUCACAGUUGUAAGUAUACUCAGGUCUAAAAUUAAUAUUUUAUGUUAAUUAUUGAAUUGUUUAAGAAUAGUUUCAUAGCAUUCUUGGAACCAAAAUUGUUGUGUAUUAGUUGUCUGUUGAUCCAAGGUGUUCCAAAAAUUGUGAAGCAUCCCUUGGUAAAUGUAUAUCAAAGUGUUGUGUUUUUUACCUCUUUAAAGGCUGACCUUGAUUAUAGUAAAUAUAACUCAACUUCAGUUUAAAAACAAAUAAAAAAAUAAAGUUUCUACAGUGGUGUGUUGCUCAGCUCAGUAUAACAAUAUCUAACAUAUGUCUUCCUACAUAUGGAGCAUAAAUGAAACAUGUUUAAAUUAAAUGUGUGAGACCAAAGAGAUAUUGUAUGGGAGCGCAUCUUGUUAGGAACUUGUUUUGCAGCCAAAGAAUUAUUUACACAGGUUGUAAUCAUCUAUGUUUAGUGUUUUAGUGUUUUUAGCUAGUAGGAUGUUCCAUACUAGGCUCUAUAUGUUAAGUGUUCUUUAGGUAUUAUAAUUGAAUUUAUAAUUUAUAAGUUAAUCAAUUAACUUGGUGCUAUGGUACUUUGUUAAAAAUACUCAAAUGCAGCUGCUAAUUUAAAAUUUAGAAUUGCUCUUCAGGUAUUGUAUUAUGAACAGGCUAGUUAAACAUUUUCUAUUUGUAAAUGUUUGUAUAGCAGCCAUUGGAAUAUACAUAUGCAAGAUGUUUUGCAAUAAAAAUAAGAAAUAAAAACUAUAAGGAAUGGAGAACAAAUAAUUAGCUAGAAAUAUGUAUCAAUAUUCAUACUGUGUUGUAAAGAAUUUUGAGGCAUUUGUAUUUUAACAAAAUAUUUGUAGGACAUGCUUCUUACUCACUUGAGAAACUUUGUUCCUCAAGGAUAUGAAGGUACACAACACACCAAAUAAGUAAUAGCAAUAAUUCUUGCACAAAGGAAAUCACAGUAAUGUGAUAUAUCAAUGAGAAAAUUGAUUGGAGCAAUGUGCAGGUUUGAACCAGCGACCUGAUAAUCCCAGCUGCGAACCUUACCCUUGGAUGACAACAUGGUAAAAGUUUUACAACCUGGAAUUAAUCUCAGGUGACUGCUUCGAAUUCCCACAUUGUUCAAAUUUUCUUAAUGUUUCUUAUGUUAAAGAAACAUCAUGUACGGGACAUUUCUGUGCUCUAUCAUUUAGUUGUCGUGGUGGUGGUAGUUAUUGUUCGUAUCCUCUACGACAAUUGGCUUAUAUUUAUAAAUCUUGUACCUUUAUGCAGAACCUAGUUUUCUCCCAUACAUAGUCUUUGUGAAAAUCUCCUGAAAUGGUGUCAAUACCUUCAUAUCACCUAAAUCUUCAAAGCGAAGAAGUUUACUAGAGAUAACUGGCACAGUUCUAUAAUAAGAGCACUAGCCCGGUGUCAAUUCAUAAAGCCUGGUUGAAAGAGAACAUUUGAAAAUGGGAACUUGUGGACAUUCAAGAGAAAUGGAUUACCCCGAAUAGUCUUCAUUUGUAAUAGUUUAUUUGACUUUGGCAUACAGUUAUUAUAUAUGCAUACGAGGCAAUGUUUCUCUCUACUGAGACCAUUUUGGAAGGGAUAAGCCUCAUGUAGAUUCAUCCUUGCGUAUUUCAUCUUGAGGGAAUGAUAAAUUACAUCAAAUAUUUCCUAAAUGAGUUACAAUUAGUUAGCUUUCAUAUUUACUUGCGACCCAACCAGUUUUCUACAGGAAUUAACCAUUGUUAAUAUAUAUUUAAUAUUACAGGUCAGUGAUUGAUAUGAAAUUAAGCACAUGUACAGUAUGGUGCAAUGCAUAAUAUACUAUAAAAGCCUAAAUUAGAAUAAUCAAGACAUUUAUAUAGCUAAAAUUAGACAAUUAUCAAGAGUUUAGUACUGUGUACAGUAAUUUAAAAAGCAUUGCAAUUUUUGUAUUGUUUAUUUCCGUGUGAAAUUGAGGGAAAAGACACUAAAUACUGUAGACAAGAAAAAUACCAUAGUUAUAAAGUUUGUUUUUUAUGCAUUCCUGUGAUUAGCAAGUUGCUUAUAUUUUACAUGUGAUGUGAAAUGGCAUUUCCUAGAGUAAGAUGUGUAACUAAUUUUAGGGUCUUGAAAAGAUGAGGACUGGCUGUCCAGAGACCUUUGUGAAUAAUACUCCAUAAUUCUAGUCUGUUUAUAGAAUAUGCAGUACUGUACUGUAGUAGUUUCAUACACUUGAAAUUUUGUGCUGUUUUUGCAUAUCGUCUUUGAUAGAAGAUUUGAUAUAACUCCAUAUAUUUAUAUUACUGUAUUAACAUUUAGUUUGUUUCCAUUAAUAUUGUUGCCCCAAGAAUUUUGUAGUUUUAUAUUGGCUGUGUUUUCACAAUGCAUUAUGGAACACCGACAUUUUUAAUGUAGGGUAUGUGAAUUAUGUAUCAAUAUGAAGGCCUUUUCCAGGAAUUCUUUUUGUAAUACAGUUGAUUAGAAAAUUUGUUCUAGAGCUUUAAAAUAUUAUUUACAUAAUGAUACCAAUAUUAAAGUCAAUCCAUUCGCUUCCAACCAAACAAUUUUAAUAACAUUAAUGCUGUAAUACCAGGUACUAUAGUCAAAUAUUGGUAGUACCAGCAUUGUAAAUGGAAAUUGUCAUAUUUUUAAUUUAAUCUUAGUUACAUUAUCUCAUCAAUCCUCAGUUGCAGACAUUGCAAAAAGAAGUCAUGUUUGAGAUGGCAGUUCUUUUGAUACUAUAUACCGUACAUAUAAACAUCAAAGUUAAAUUUUAUAGAAAAAAAUGAUGAUUUAAAUGCACAGUUAAUACAUAUCAAUAUUUACAGAAUUGGUAUCUUGUGUGGGAAGAACAAGUGGUCUGCAAUAUGGAAUGUUGCUCAAGUUUUUUUUUUAAGUGCAAUACAUGCACUGGUAUUUUAACUCUACCAUACUGCUCUUACAAGCACUUAUUUUAAUCUCUAGCCAUUUUUGUGUGUAUAUUUAGUACACUAUUAUUGAAUUUUCAUUGUAAGUUUUGAGGCAAAGAAAGCAUGGCUAAUUAUACAAUUUGCACUUUAAUUGCUAAUUGAGCACUAUGAACUUCAUACAUUGCAUGUUAUUUUAGAAUAAUACUAUGUCUUUAUAAUGCACAAUUAAACUAAUUUUAGUUUUACAAAUAUUGUUCAGUAAAUUGUUAUCCAAAUACUGUCUAGACCUUUUAAAAGAUCGGUACUACUUUCUUGGGUUCCAAGAACCUAAUAAGUAGUUGUAUGAUUAAAGAUUUUGGAAAUACAGUUCAGUUCAGUAUUACAAUACUACUGUAAUAGAAUAUUAUACCGUAAAUAUUUAUGUAAUGCACAUAACUGUAGUACCGAACUGUACCAUAAUACAAAAUUGUACUGCAGUGCAGUUAAAUGCAGAAUUGUGCUGUAGUUCAGAACAGUUCUUAACUUAGUACAGUUUUGUAUUUAACUUUACUAUAAUCAGAACUGGUUUUGUAAUGCAUGAUUGCAAGGCAAUGCAGCUCUGUUUUGUAUUAUAGUUGUACAUUUCAGCACAGUUCUAUAAUGCAAUCAAUAAAGAGCUAAUAAGUGCAGAACUGUAAUACAGAACAAUUCUGUAUUGCAUCACAGUUCUGCAAAAAUGUACUGUAAUACAGAACAGUUCCAAAUUACAGCAGUUAUGCCUUACAAAAUUUUGCAUUGCAAAACAAUAUGUUUGCAUUACAACAGUUUUGUAAUGCUGAAAUGUAUUGUAGUACCAUUCUAGAUUAGAAAAUUUUUACUGUAUUAGAAAUGUAUUCUGCAAUGGAGACCUGUAUUGCAAUGUAAAACUGUAAUUGAGAGGUGUUCAGCAUUCAGAUCUGUUUCUGAAUUACAUUUCUGCAUUACAGUACAGCACUGCAUUAUGUUAAUGUCUAUUUUACAUAUCUGUAUUCCAGUCAUAUAUUACAGGACAAGUUUUACAUUACGGCACAGUUCUGUUUAACAAUACAAUUCAUCAUUGCAAUUACAUUUUAUUGUUCACAGUAGUUCUGUAUUGUAUUACAUUACAGUGUAGUUUUACAUUAUAACAGUUCUGCAUUGCAGAACUAUUUUUUGAUAAUUGAAGCUUAUGAAGUUAUUGUAGAAAGUUAUAUAUUUUGACAAUAUAUAGAUAUGUGAUGUGACUUUUUAAUCUUUGUUUUCUAAUAAGUAUUUUGAAAAUACAAAUUUUGUUACA